AUGGACGAGGCUGAAGACAUGUUAAAGAAGAUGAUAACUGAUGUGGUCUGCCCAGAUGCGGUGACGUGUAAUGUCUUUGUGGAUGCUUGGUGCAAAGAUGGAAAGGUGGAAGAGGCUGAGCAUAUGUUGGUAUCUAUGAAGGAGAUUGAUGUUCAACCCGACAUUGUCACUUAUAAUUUUCUAACUGGCAUUAAUUCUGGAAUCAAGGCUAAUAUCAUAAGCUACAAUACCUUGAUGAACGGGUAUUGCAAAAUGGGGCAAGUCGAUGAAGUUUCACGUCUUUUUACCUUAAUUCCCGCUAAAAGGUUAAACCGCGAUGUGAUUUCUUAUAACAUAAUGCUAGAGGCCUUAUUUCAUGAAGGCAAAUGUGAAGACGGCUUGAAGCUGUUUAAAGAGAUGGAAGCUCUACAAGUGUCUCCGGAUAUAUGGACUUAUAAUGUUUUGUUGGAUGGUUUGUGCGGAGCUCAUCGUAUUGCUGAAGCAUUUUCGGUAUUGCACACCAUGGAAGAUAAAGGCAUCAUUCCACACAUAAUAACACACAAUAUUCUCAUUGAGGGAUUGUGCAAUGACAACCAAGUCAAAGAAGCGAAAGAUCUGUUCGACAAGCUUCCAUCCAAAGGUUUGCAGCCUGAUGUCAUAACAUAUAAUAUCCUCAUUGGUACACUUUGCAAAGAAGGGCAGAUAAAGGAGGCUAAAUAUCUGUUCCACGUGCUCCUAUCAACGGGUGCAACAAAUUUUUUUUUUCUAAGGUAG